AUGGCUGCCCUCCCCCGACCUCGAGUGGCGCCUCGACUCUCCUUCUCCUUCCCCCUUCACUCUUUCAACUUCUUCACCUUCAUCUUUUUGCUGUCAAUAGCACAGCAUGGAGGCAGAAGCGGAGGUGUAGUGAGCGGCUUCUCGCUCACGCUGCUCCACACGAGCGACCUCGCCGCGCAGACCGUGGCCGUCGACAACAACGACAACCCGUGCACCCUCCUCUACAACACCACCGCCGCGGCCUACGCCUACGCCGACACCGCCGCCCCGCCCUGCACCGGCGGCAUGCCGCGCCUCAAGACCGCCGUCGACGCCGCGCGGGCCGAGGGCGCCGCGGCCGGCAGGCCCGUGCUGCUGCUCGACGCGGGCAACAUGUUUCAGAGCGACUACGACACGGGCUCGCUCGUGUUCAAGACCUACGGCGAGGAGGCGGUGUACUACUUCAUGGGCGCGAUGGACUACGACGCCAUCCACUUCAACUACCGCGAGUACAUCCUGAGCUUCGGGCCGCUGGCCCACUUUGUGGCCAACAUGACCGCCCAGGGCACCGUGGUCGUGGAGGCCAACCUGAACUGGGCGGCCCAGCGCGAGUUCCGGGACCUCACCAUUCCGGCAUUCACCACCUUCAACUACAGCGGCGGGGAGCUGGUGGGCUUCACGGCCGGCAUCAACGGCGACCUGUCGACGCUGCUCAGCUUCCCCCAGAACACGUCGGCCACCAACGAGGUGGCCGGCAUCCGCCGGGCCGUGGGCAUCAUGCAGAACAUGGGCGUCAACAAGAUCAUCGUCGCCGUCUCCAGCAACUUUGUUCUCGCCUCAGUGCUGGAGUCGGUGCAAGGGAUCGACGUAGUGAUCGUGCCGGGCCAGCUCUACACCAACGGCACGUACGUGGGCGCCUACGAGACGGUGGCCGGCGGCUACCCAACGGUGGUGAACGCCGCGUGGGAGCAGCCGAUCCUGGUGGUGGGCGCCGGCUACGACGGCCGACGCCUGGGCCGGCUCGACCUGACCUUCAACAGCCUCGGCGUGCUGACGUCAUGGAGCGGCGGCACGGUGCUGCUCGAUGAGAGUGUGGCCAACGACGCGGCGCUGUCGGCCAACAUUAUCGACCGCUUCGUGACGGUGGACUCCAUCUACGGCCAGGUGCUGGGCGAGGCCACGGGCGAGUUCGGCUUCCAGAAGCGGUGCCUGUUCGCGCAGUGCACCAUCGGCAACUGGGCCGCCGACGGCAUGAAGUGGGCCGGCCAGACCCAGAUCGGGCUGUUCGACGGCGCGGGCCUGCGCGCGGGUUUCUCGCAGGGCAACGUGACGCAGGGCAACAUCGUGCGCACGCUCCCGUUCUACAUCAACUACGUGUUCACCUUCGACCUGCUGGGCAAGUACAUCGUGUCGACGCUGGAGACCGGCCUCGGCAUGCUCAACGAGAGCUCGGAGGCCUCGCUCUCGGCCGUGGCUUACCUCCAGGUGUCGGGCCUCAACUUCACCUACAACCCGGCCGAACAGGUGGGCCUGCGCGUGGUCGACGUGCAGGUCGAGGUGGCGCCCGGCGUGUGGGAGUACCUGGUCAUGGACAAGGCCUACAGCGUGGCCACCAUCGACUUCCUCUACUUCGGCGGCCUCGGCUUCACCGACAUGGCCGCCCACGGCACCAACCUUCAGAAGGGCACCCGCACCGUGGACCUCGUCUACGCCGACUACAUCGGCGCCAUCUCGCCCAUGGACCCGCCGGAUGAGGUGCGUAUCUCGACCACGUCGCUCACCCGGCGCACCUGCUUCGCCAGCAACUCCUCGGUCGGUGCCACCGACGCCAUGUGCAGCGGCGUGGGCACCUGCCUGGGCGGCGUAUGCCAGUGCCCGGAGGGCUUCAGCGGUAGCGUCUGCGAGGUGGACAACACCGCCCACUCGAGCUCGUCGAGCGACAUCACCAUCGCGCUCGCCAUCGCGCUCCCCAUCGGCCUGGGCUUCCUCGGCCUGCUCUGCCUGGGCCUGCUGCUGCUGGUGCUCCUCCGCCGCCGGUGGUCCCAGAAGCGCGACUCCGAGGUGUGGAUGAUCAACGCCAACGAGCUCGACCUCCAGCAGCCGCUCGGCGAGGGCUCCUUCGGUCAGGUGUGGAAGGCCACGUGGCGCGACCAGGAGGUGGCGGUCAAGAUGCUCACGCAGGAGGUGAGCGACUCCAAGGCCGCCCGCCAGCAGUUCCUGAACGAGAUGCGCAUCAUGAGCCAGCUGCGCCAUCCCAACGUGGUCCUGUUCAUGGCCGCCUCGGUCAAGCCCCAGAUGUCCAUCGUCAUGGAGUUCAUGUCCCUCGGCUCCCUCUUCGACCUGCUGCACAAUGAGCUCAUCAGCGUGAUCCCGCACCAGCUGCGGGCCAAGAUGGCCUACCAGGCGGCCAAGGGCAUGCACUUCCUGCACUCGUCCGGCGUGGUGCACCGCGACCUCAAGUCGCUCAACAUCCUGCUCGACGCCAAGUGGAACGUCAAGAUCAGCGACUUUGGCCUCACCAAGCUGCGCGAGGAGAAGGAGACCGACAUCGCCGUGGGCUCCAUAUACUGGACGGCCCCGGAGGUGUUGGCCGAGUCGCCCAGCACCGACUUCAUUCUCUCUGACGUCUACAGCUUUGGCAUCGUCCUCUGGGAGCUUCUGACGCGCGAGCAGCCCUACAUCGGACUUAGCCCGGCGGCGGUGGCGGUGGCAGUGCUGAGGGACAAGCUGCGGCCGGAGGUGCCGAACACUCACGACGCCCCGGUGGACUACAUCGACCUCAUGACGGCCUGCUGGCACCAGGACCCGGUCAUCCGCCCCACGUUCCUCGAGAUCAUGACCCGUCUCAGCACCGACGUUGGCACCUCGACCAGCCACAGCUCCACGUCCGGGUCGAGCCGGGUGCACGGCAAGGACGUCAAUGGGUCGUGGACCCUGCCGUCGGGCCACUCCUCUACGUCGGGCGAUGACGACGACAACAGCAGUGGCCUCUCGGGCGCCGUGGCCGCGGGACCGGGGCGGCCGCCGCACGGCGAGAUGGCGAUCGUGUUCUCCGAUAUCACACGCGCGGCCACCCUGUGGCAGCACGACCCCGAGGCCAUGCGCGACGCCACGCUGCUGCACAACGACGUCCUGCGGUCGCUCAUCCGCAAGUUCGGCGGCUACGAGGUGGUGUCGGCCAAGGACCGUUUCAACGACGGCGAGGGCUCCUUCUGCGUCGCGUUCCAGGACACGACCGACGCGCUCGAGUGGUGCUCGGCCGCGCAGGUCAAGCUGCUCGAGGUGGACUGGCCCGCGCGGCUGCUCGAGCACCCGGGCGCCGGCGAGGAGUGCGGCAACACCGACGACCGCGUGCUUUUCCGCGGGCUCCGCGUGCGGAUGGGCGUCGACUACGGCGCGACCAAGUCCGUGAAGGACCCCACCAGCCGGCGCGUGAGCUACACGGGUCCCGUGGUCAACACCGCCGCGCGCAUCACGGCCAUGACCCACGGCGGCCAGAUCAUCAUCACCGCCGCCGCCUUCGAUAGCGCGCGCGACUCUGAUCUCGUCCUUGAGAAGGGCCGGCUGCGCUCCCUCGGCAAGAUCAAGGUCACCGAAGCCCAAGAUAUCAAGUUGUACGAGCUCAAGGUGCGCGGGCUGGAGGCGCGGUUCUUCGGCGGGGUGUCGUCGGACACGCGGAGCGGCGCGUCGGGCUCGACGGACGGUGCGGUGAGGUCGGUGGUGGGCGACGACCUGGCCUUCCCCGAGGACUCGUUCCUCAUGUCGGCCAACCUGUGCCGGUGGGUGAUCGACUACCAGGACGUCCAGCUGGGCGACCAGAUCGGGAUGGGCUCCUACGGCGUGGUCUACCGGGCCAAGUGGAAGAACGUCGACGUGGCCGUAAAGAAGUUCAUCAACCAAAAGAUUGACGAGCGGCGCAUGCUCGAGUUCCGCGCCGAGAUGGCCUUCCUCUCCGAACUCCAACACCCCAACGUGGUCCUCUUCAUCGGUGCGUGCAUCAAGAGGCCCAACCUGAGCAUCCUGACCGAGUACGUGGCGCGGGGCGACCUGAAGCUGGUGCUGCACGACGCGAGCAUCAAGCUGCCGUGGCGCCAGCGCCUGUCUAUGCUCAAGAGCGCGGCAAAGGGCAUCGCCUACCUGCACUCCCUGAGCAUAGUGCACCGCGACCUCAAGCCGUCCAACCUGCUCGUCGACGAGGACUGGAGCCUGAAGGUGGCCGACUUCGGCUUCGCGCGCAUCAAAGAGGAGAACGCCACCAUGACCCGCUGCGGCACGCCCUGCUGGACCGCGCCGGAGGUGAUCCGCGGAGAGAAGUACAGCGAGACGGCGGACGUGUACAGCUUCGGCAUUAUCAUGUGGGAGGUGCUUACGCGGAAGCAGCCCUACGGCGGGCGCAACUUCAUGGGCGUGUCGCUCGACGUCCUGGAGGGCCGGCGGCCGCAGAUCCCCGACGACUGUCAGCCCAAGUUCCAGAAGCUGAUCAAGAGCUGUUGGCACAAGAGCGCCGGCAAGCGGCCGGCGAUGGAGAAGGUCAUGGAGGGGCUCGAUGAGCUCCUCGGCGAGACCGGCGGCGGCGCAGGCGGCGCCAAGCAGGACGCCUCGCCCGUCUGA